AGUCGCCAAAGCCGAGGCAACAAAAACAUCCCCGCGCGCAUUCCUGGGCAGCGCUCAGCUGCCAGCCUCUGAUUAAAACCAUCUCGCUUCGCUGUGAGUGGCUCGCUGCGCCGCAAAGGGUCGAGCGCGACGGAAUAUUUAACCGGGCCGGCGGCGGUGGCUCAUUCGCUGGCUGGCGGCGGUGGAAGGAUCAUGCACGAAGCGGCGCGCCUCUAGUCUCGUAAGAGUAUUAUGCCUGUACAUUAAGGAAGCCCUAACUGGAUUCAAGUGGCAUAUCGAGUGAAGCAUUCUUUAAUGCUCCUGAAGUUGGCUUCUAUCUCACCAUGUCAAACGAAGCAGAAACUGCAAGUGUAAACAGUCAGCCUGCCCAGCAACAGGCACUUGUGAAAACACAACCAUCCAAGAAGGAGAAAAAGAAAGGGUCUGAGAAGACAGAUGAGUUCCUCUUGGCCAGAUUUCAAGGUGAUGGUGUAAGAUACAAGGCCAAACUGAUCGGCAUUGAUGAUGUUCCAGAAGCAAGAGGAGAUAAGAUGAGCCAGGAUUCAAUGAUGAAGCUGAAGGGAAUGGCAGUAGCAGCCCGCUCUCAAGGACAGCACAAGCAGAAAAUAUGGGUGAACAUCUCCCUUUCUGGGAUCAAGAUCAUCGAUGAGAAGACCGGGGUUAUUGAGCACGAGCAUCCAGUCAACAAAAUCUCCUUUAUUGCUCGGGAUGUGACGGACAAUCGCGCCUUUGGCUAUGUCUGUGGAGGAGAAGGGCAGCAUCAGUUUUUUGCCAUAAAAACAGCACAGCAGGCUGAGCCUCUAGUUGUAGAUCUGAAGGACCUCUUCCAAGUUAUCUAUAAUACAAAGAAAAAGGAAGAAGAGGACAAGAAGAAGAAUGAAGAAGCCAAUAAGACUGCAGAGAAUGGCACUGAUGACUCAAGUGACCAAGCUGGGAAAAUAAAGAUGGGUGUCGAUCAGAUGGAUCUGUUUGGAGACAUGUCAACUCCCCCUGACCUGAAUACUCCCACAGAGGAGGAUAAAGAGGUCCUGUUAGUGGAUUUAAAUGCUGAAGUGGAGGCCCCUCCAACUUCUGUCAAAGAGGAUGAUCUUUUCUUGAAUGACAUCACGCCUUCCCUGUCACAGCCAAAACCGCCGCCUCCUUUCUUGCCUGAAACUGCUUUCUCUGCCAACCUCAGCUUUUUCCCCACUCCCAACCCCGACCCUUUCCGUGACGAUCCUUUCACGCAGCCUGACCAAUUGGCACACCUCCCUCUUGAUUCUUUACAACCUCCCAAUCAGAAGAUGGCAAGUGCGACUGUCGGCAGUGUUGUGAAUGGUGACGUAGACUACUUUGGGAAACAGUUCGACCAGAUUUCCAACCGAACUGGCAAGCAGGAUUUACCAGCCAGCCAGUGGGGGCUGGAGAGUAAGCCAGCUCAGCUAGCCACGAGGACUCCCAACGGGGUGCCAGAGAGAGAACAGAAUGGCUUCAUUGCCAAGUCCCCACCCAACGUGUUCCUAGAGAGCCCUUCCAAAGGACUACCCCUGCAAAACGGAUUACGGCUAGACUCCGACAGCGGCCUCCAGUUGACAGCAUCUCAUGACUCGAUAACAAUUAGCCCACCUCCGCAAAGUACCAAGCCAGGAAGAGGAAGGAGGACUGUUAAGAGUGCAGCUAAUGACUUGUUUGGAUCAGACAUUUUUGCUCCUGGCCUUCCUACAACAAGCACCUUGACUACUACCACAGUCCAGCCAGCCCCUGUGCAAACCAGCCCUCUGGACCUCUUCAAAGCCAGUGCUCCUGCAGUAGCGCCUCUGUCUGGACUAGGUGGCUUGCCUACAGCAACUUCCCCAACACCCGCAUGGGGGCCCUCAUCUGCUGUCUUCAGCCAGCCCACCUCAGCAUUUCCUGGAUCUGUUCUGGGUGCUCAGCCAGCAAGCUUUCCCCAGCCUCUUGGAUUUGGUGCUACUCCACAAGUUCCUGGCUGGAAUCAGUCGGCAUCCCUAGGACCCCCAACCCAGCCUCCAGCUCCUGAUCUCUGGGGUCAGCCAGCACGUGUUUCUCCUCCAAAUGCUUGGGCACAGCCAUCCUCCACAGGAAACCCUUUUCAGGCCAACAUGUUCCCGUCUACACUAGCUGCCCAGCUCCCAGUCCCAACAUUGUUGUCUUCCAUUUCUUCAACCAGUCCUCCUCCUCAGUUGCCUCCCAGAACUGCGCCUCCGAAAGAGCCGACCAAGAAGGAAAGUGAUGCCUUCACAGCUCUGGACCCUCUUGGAGAUAAAGAGAUCAAGGACGUAAGAGAGAUGUUCAAAGACUUCCAGCUGACAAAGCCACCUGCUGUGCCUGCCAGGAGGGCAGAGCAGCCACAAGGUCUGUCUCGUGCCUCUGGAGCCUUUGCCAGUUACUUCACUAACAAAGUAGGGGUUCCUCAAGACGUGGCUGACCACGAUGACUAUGAAGCUAGUCAGCUGUCUGCUAAAAUCAGUGUGCCACCAAAGCCUGUUCCGAGACAAACCACUGCGCCCCUUAAAAAUCCUGCUGAUAACAUGUUUGAAAACCCUUUCAAGACGGACCCUUUUGGUGCUCCCUCACUAAAUUCUGCUGCAGUUCAGUCUUCUGCUUUAUUUGGAGAUCCUUUUGGAAAUCCGUUUGUAUAGACUUGCAAGAGAUGUACAUGUGAGCCUGCAUGCUAAACCAUCUUAUUUUUUUUUCCUUACCAGAAGCAAGUAUUACUGGACUUCAUUGCCAAAAGAUGUAAUGGAUAACUGGGCCCUCACUUUGUAUUUGUCUGCCUCAUGGACCCAUUUACAUAUUGUGAAUCAUUCCAAAAAGACCUUGGGUUUACUGCCACCUGAAGCCAAGGAAGGAAUUUGUUAGAGACCAACUUACAUCUUGUGGGAAAAAAACUCUUGGCCCUUGUGGAUAUAAACUGAACUUUGGGGAGAGGGUUUUGUGUCUGCUAGUCCUUCACUCCUGUCUACAAUUAAUGGUUUUCAAAAGCGAGGUGAAUAGGAAACUGGAUACUUAUUGGAUGAAGUCACAUAGCCUUGCAUUCACCUCCACCUACUUCCACCACAAGGGAAGGAAACAACACAGGGUUGCCUAGAUUAAACAGUUUCUAAUACUUCUAGCUUUAAGAACUUUCAGCACUCCAACCCCCACAUCCUCCAAUGAAUGUCAAAGGUGAGAAAAGGGCAAAUGAAGAAAUAGGGCAAGCAGAAGAAAUAGGGCAAGUGGUAUGUUUGGGUCCUAACUGGCCAGUUCAAAAAACUGUAUUGGGCUCUAAUUCCAUAUAUCUUAUCCAGUGGGAGUUGAGAGAAACUCUGGCACUGUCUUGUCUAAGACAGACAAAUUACUCAGUUUUUCUUCUCUAAUAAAAUAUUGGCUAACAAGAUCCUGCUUCUAAUAAGCAAACAAGUAAUGAGAAAAGGAUAGAGAUAGAAAUGCAAGUUUUGAAGGAAUUCCCAUACUGUUGUACAACUGGAAAGCAGUUUGUGUCUAGAACAACUCGGUUUGUCAAAUGAAAUUGCCACUUUGCUGAGCAGGCCACAUUUGUAGCUGGAAAUUUUUGCAGAGGGAUAUAGUAUUUCAACAAGAAGACUUUUAACUAUCAAAAUGCACAUCCAGAUUCUGGAGAACUGACCCAACAGUAAUGGACUGUGUACCUCGGUGGUUGUUCUUGGCAUUUUAGGAAUAUAAACUUGAAACAGUAUCUGUUUAAAUGAUUGGAGUAAGUGCAAGUCUGGUGAUCCUAUUUACUAGAAAAUAACUACAGUGACCAGUUCUGCCAGUUUGUUAAGCUGUUUUCUCCUGUGUACAUAUUCUCCUGCACUUUCCUGUAAUACAAGAAAAAGCUAUCCAUUUAUGUGUGUCUUCUCUGACUGGAAAUGUAGAAAUUUAUGGAUCUUGUUACAGUGUAAAAAGUAGUCAUCAAAUGUUCUGACAUUAAAUGUAACUUGACUUCAAA